AUGGCAGGAUCCGACAGCUCCGAAGAAGAUGAGCCCAUUGUAGCGCCCCAGACAUCGCCUAUUACCCCCAAGGCGUGGAUGGAUGAAGAUGCUGAUGAAGAGGAAGAAGACGCUGAUCUGAGUCAAUUGCAGCGUCAGCACUCACCAAAGUUCAAACGCUGUGUAGCUGCCGUGGAUAAGGACAAAUGGAAUGCAUAUGCAUGGAUUGCGCUUAUGAAUGAGGUGCAGAUGCUGCCUAUUGCCGAGGCACGCGAGUAUUACGAGGCAUUUUUGACGCAAUUUGCCACGUCUGGACGCUGGUGGAAACUCUAUGCAGAACACGAACUACGAGAGAAGAACUAUGAUCGUGUACAGGAGAUCAUUAAGAAGUCACUCAUGCAGUUGCGCUGUCCUAAUGUGGAUCUUUGGCAGUUUUAUUUGGACUUCACUAAGGUCGUCAAGCUGGAUGUAGCUGUAAAUUCAAAGGACCUGACGGCUAUCACCACAGCCAAGAAAUUAAUGAUCGAUGCCUUUGAAUUGGCAAUCGAACGAGUAGGAGGAUCGAUUCAUGCUGCUCCUAUUUGGCAAAUGUACUUGACUUUUGUACAAGAAGAACAAGACCCACAGGCUUUCCUAAAUGUAAGAAAACUCUACCAUCGUAUGGUCAUGGUGCCGCUCAAUGGCAUGGAAACAAUUUGGAGAGACUACGAGAAGUUUGAACGCGCAAUCCCGAAUAACGAAGCAUUGGCCCAGAACUUCUUCAAGGUGUUUAGACCCAAAUUUGACGCAGCAAGGGCUGUCUUGAAAGACCGCAAGAAGCUGUAUGACCAGGUUAAUAUCAACGCGUUGGCAGUGCCAGCCACAAGCUCUCGAGCUGAUGCGGCGGACAUGGCAAAUUGGCAGAAGAUUCUUGCUCUGGAGAUGGGAAAUCCGGAAAGGCUGGACGCGUUACGUCUCAAAUCGCGCAUGCGUUACACACUCGAACUCUUUGUCAGUGUCAAACGACUUUACCCAGAGGCGUGGUAUCAGUACGCUUCGUACGAGAAGCAAGCGAACGAUCUGGACGGCAGUGCUAGUGUGUUUGAACGCGCAAUCGAGGCUAUUCCGGACUCGAGCUACCUGCACUUCGCAUUUGCCGAUCAUCAUGAACUACGCGGCGAUAUCCCUGCUGCCAAAGCUAUUUAUGAAAAGUUGAUCAAGGACUAUGCGUCGGCACUUGCAUAUGUCACAUAUCAGCGCUUUGCUCGUCGUGCAUACGGCACAAAGGGGCUAAAUGAGGCUCGCGCAGUCUUCAAGAGAGCACGCAAAGAUGAGCGGGAAGGAGCCUGCACAUACCAUGUCUUCGCAGCCUCAGCGCUGCUAGAGUUUUACAGCGAUAACUCUGAUAACGGAAAAGACAUUGCACUCAAGAUUUUUGAGCUUGGCUUGAAGAAAUGUAUCCAAGAGCCUGCCUAUGUGUUGUGUUACCUCGAUUUCCUCGGCCAUUUAAAUGAUGACAACAAUAUGCGGUCCUUGUUUGAGAAGGUGUUGUCAGUUAUGCCUUCAGAGGUGUCACGCCCAAUCUGGGACCGAUACGUUGAGUUUGAGCAUACGAUGGUGGCAAGCGGCGGCGAUCUUGCCACUGUGGCAAAAGUAGAGGCUCGGCGUGCGCUGGCGUUCCCGGACGAACCUUUUGUGGAAAUGAAAGGUCUAUUGAGUAUCGCCCACCGGUACUCAUUCCUGGACCUACGGCCACCGUCAAAUUGCGAUCAGAACUUUCUCGACAUGUAUCGUGCAUCAUGCCGUGGUGAGUCGUUUGGAGCUAAUUGCGAUAACGUGGGUGAAAAUAGAGAAGGAGUGGGAGGUGCAGGGCGUGGUGGUGGCUUUGGUCUUGACAUGGAAAGGCAAAUUCCGGGUCCUCCGCUCCCUGAAUUCUUGAAGGAGUUUGCUAACAUGCUGCCGCUAAGCCUACCCUGGAACGGUCCGAUCGCUGAUGUGGAGCAUAUCUUUCGAGCGAUGCUGCUUGUUGAUUUCCCUCCUCGAUCGUGCAUCGAGCAAGUGGCGCAGCAGCAACAACAGCAAAUGCAGCAACAGUUAACGCUUCAGCAUCAACAACAACUUCAGCAGCAAGCCGCUGAAAUCGAUAAGAAUAGUGGGCUUGGCGACGAUGACGGCACCUCAGGAGUGGUUAGCAAGCGGCCAGCGCACGACAUCUUUCGUUCACGUCAAAAGCAAAAGCUAUCGAAGCUCGGCUAG